CGGAUGAAACUAAGGUCGGUCGCGCAUUUCCUUCACAAAUUUGUCAAUAUUUUUUGAUUCUGGGCGCCUUACGACCCUCCUUCUCGUUGUCCCUUGGGUCGCUCUGACUGGUCACUGCCAGCAUAAGCUCCAUUUUUUUUGGCUUUGUCUACUCGACUUCAGGUGCACAUGGGAAGCUCAAAGGAAACUUCAGAGGAUCAAGACUUGGCAGAGUUGAGGCGGAAUUUAGCUACCAGGAACCAGAAAGAUGCUGGAGAUGCUAGCUCCGCUAUUCCUUCCGUCGUAUGCUACUGUGUAGCGUCAAUCAUGAUGACAGUUGUGAACAAGUUCGUAGUAUCUGGGAGUCAAUUUAACAUGACGUUUCUGCUGCUAUCAAUGCAGAGUGUAGUCUGUGUUGCAUGCGUGAUCGCAGCUAAGAAGACGGGCGUAAUAUCCUUUCGCGAUUUUGACGUUCAAGAUGCCAAGGCAUGGUAUCUCGUCAGCUGCCUGCUAGUAGGUGUAAUUUAUACCGGUUCGAAGAGUCUGCAAUACCUCAGUAUACCCGUUUACACGAUUUUCAAGAAUCUGACGAUUAUACUCAUUGCAUAUGGUGAAGUUUUUUGGUUCGGUGGACGAAUUACGGGACUUACGAUGGUCUCUUUUAUUUUUAUGGUGUUCUCUUCUAUAUUGGCUGCAUAUACGGAUGUCAGCAAUACCAUAGGUAACUCCGAGAACAUUUCUCCCGCGAGUGCUGCCAUGGGUAUCGGUUUGGAGCUGGUGUCAGAUAUGGUUUCUAGACUGAAUGUGGGGUACUUUUGGAUGUUUGUGAACUGCUUGAUGAGCGCUUCCUACGUUCUUCUGAUGCGCAAGCGGAUAAAAGUCACUGGCUUUUCGGAUUGGGAUUCGAUGUUCUAUAAUAAUCUGUUAUCGAUCCCCGUCUUGGUGGUGUUCUCCAUUGUUGUCGAGGAUUGGGGCUCAGAGAACCUGGUUAGAAACUUCCCAUCUGAGACACGAAAUGUUCUCUUGUCUGCUAUUGCGUUUUCGGGUGCGGCUGCAGUUGGAAUCUCGUAUUCUACGGCAUGGUGUGUGCGCACCACGAGCAGUACCACCUAUAGCAUGGUCGGAGCUCUUAACAAACUCCCUGUUGCGGCUUCAGGUAUGCUCUUCUUUGGUGAUGCAGUAACAUUAGGAUCGGUGUUGGCGAUCGGAAUAGGGUUCUUUGCAGGAAUUGUGUAUGCGAUAGCGAAGAACAACCAGAAGAAGAUGGAGAGCCGAACUCAAGCGAACGCUAUCAUACCAUUGUCGAACCGGAAAUGAUAGACCGCCAGCAAGUGCACACGCUAGCUUCUUAACUUCAUCAUGCGUUAUUGUAUAUCCCGAGCAUCUAGACGGAGCACUGGCCAAUGAAAUUAUGUCAGAGCUUAUAGUGCGGUUUCACGCGAGUAACAGCGCUGCCACAGUGAUGGAGUUAAGAGACAAG